ACUAACAACAAUGGCGAGCGCAACACCUUUACCAGAUGAUCAACAAGUGGUGCCGUCGUCUACUUCUCAAGACUGGCACUCUUCGGGCUCAAUUCGUCCAUUCUUUGCAGUCAUCUCAGUGCUCACGCUUCUGGCUAUUCUCUCCUGUGUUCUCGGAAGAAUUUGCCGCAACCGGAGGAGGCAGCUGUCGUCGUCGACGCCGCCUCCGCUGGACUGCGUUAAGCAGAAGGGCUGCCAUGGGUGGAUGCGCCGGUGGUGGCUCGUGGACGGUGGAAAUGAGGUGGUUCCCGGCGCCGGUGAUAAGGCUCCUGCCCAAGAUGAAGAAGGUAAGGCUCAUCAAGAAGGGGUUUGAUUUUGGAAGGCGUUUCUCACUCUCAUCUGCAACAUUUAAUUUGAUUUCUUAAUUAUAUUAAACCUUAGCAGUUACGUAGUUGUUACUUAAGUUAAUGUUUUGUAAUUUUGACAAAGUUGGCAAUCUGUUGCUAUAUGCGAAGUGUGAACUUUGAUGUGAAUAAAUGAAUUAACCUUAUUUA